UCGUCGUCGACGUCGUGCCAUCACUGUUCGGUUCUGUCGCGAAAUUGGAAAAGCAAUUUUUUUGCUUCGCUAGGUUUAUCUGUAUUUUUCUUUUUUAUCCAAUUAUUAUUAUCAAAGUUUUCAGUUCUUCUCGCCCCUUUUAUGGUGAGGCUUAUGUGUGCGAUUUGGAGAAGCUCCGAAAAAUGUUCAUCGGAUGUGGUAGUGCUUCUGGCUCCAUUGUGUUGAGUGUUCUUUAGAUUCGGAAAAUAUUGAGCAGUAACUUUUACUGCGAGUUUUCGGGGCCCUUGCACAGAAACAUUCAAUAGAAAAUUAACUAGUCCAACAUUUGAUCGUGUCUGGCCACUACUAUGUGGAAGUGCCACAAGUGCGGAAAACCAGUGUUUUUCGCGGAGCGAAAACAAUCACUGGGCUACGACUGGCACCCGGAAUGUCUGCGCUGCGAAGAAUGUGGCAAACGGCUCAACCCGGGACAACAUGCCGAACAUAAAGGCGUCCCGUACUGUCACGUGCCUUGCUACGGUGCCCUGUUUGGACCGCAACUGUUCGGGCAUGGAACUCGGGUCGAAUCACACAAAAGUUUCGGCCAACCGGAGCUACGGAAACAGAUAGCAAUUCGGUCUCCGGCUGGGGUUUGCGGUGGAGCAGGGCCUGCCAUUCCGCGCUCCCAUCUGGAGGCAAAACUGAAGCUGUACAAUGAGUUUCCGAACAACAAAAGUCAGGAGAUUCGAAGCCGCGAAGUCAACGGACGGCUGGUGCUCGAGGGAGCCCUACGGAUCUACUGGGGCGUCCAGGGACUGAUUCAUCUGAAAGAGGAUGACGACCAGCGGACGGUGGUUACGGUGAGGAAACGCAAUUCCUACCGGUACAGCAAUCCAAGCUCGAUGGUGUCAGCUAUGCGCGAUCUGGAAGACAAGGAAAACCUCAAUCCGGACUACCGGAGCGAUCCGAUGAGUUCAAGUUUGACCGAGGGACCGGACGGUAAUGAUACGACGACGAUUUCGGAAAGUUUGUCCUACGACACGCUAAGCAUUUCAUCGGAUUUGAAUUCGAUCAGUUCGUCGAAACCGAACUCGGGGGAAAAUUCGAAGGAGGCCUCCCCGAACCACGGUGUCAAUGGAAACAAAUACGUAACGCUUCCACCGAAACUGGACGUAAAGCAGCUCGAAUGGGACGAGAUUGACGAUUUGCUGCAGGUCGAACGAAAGAUGGAUGAAUCCGAGCGGAUGUACCGAACGAUGCCUUCGCCCUUACCGUCGGCGGGAGACUCCCAGCACACGGAUCAGAGCGAAAACUCCAUCAGCGUCACCGAGACCGAUUAUAAAACACUCACUCCUCAAACGGUGACCGAUUCUUCCUCGUCGACGGAUAGUAGCAAAACAGCAAACGGGGAGGACGUCUUCCGAACGCCACAGGGCACAAUCCGAUCGCAUGAUUUCGAAGCGUUCAAAAUGCAAAUGAGUCAAGAAUUCAUCAACGGGGCAGCGGAUCUCGGUACCACCGACGGAACGCUCAAACUGAACCAACCGAUCGAUCCCGCUAGGAUUAAUGACUCGUUAAAGCUGUACAAUGAAUCGGUCAUGAACCGGAGCCUUUCGGAUGAACAGUGUCGGAAUGUAUUUUCGCUGCCGCAAGGGAAUAUUACAGAUUCAUUCCACGUGGUCGACGACGACACGCUAAAACCGUUGGCAUCUCAGUUGUUGGGCAAAACUCGAGAGCUGCUGAAUGGUGCUCCGAGCGGUAGCGGACGACCGAAGGUAGCCUACCAGCGACAUCAGUCGGAUUCCGGUUCGGUAACAUCGCCCGGUACCGACAGCGACAGUUGGACGGGUGACCGAGGUCUGCUGCGGUCCAAAUCGCACGGCAAUCAUUAUUCGGGAAACAGUUUCAUGGACAGUGACGACGAAGGAACGGAAACGUUGAAACCGUCGGACCGACCACAGACUUCCAUUCACAUACGAAUGGAUUGCUACGACGAGUUGGGUGCUGACGGUAAGAAGGCUGAAAACAACGGGGAUGUGCAGCUGGUGGUGGUCAGUCCGACGGAAGAUAGUCUAACCUCGGUUAGUAUUUCGACGGCUACGACCACCGGAACGACGACGACGGAUGAUGGCGUAGUGCUGCGAAAGGCUCCGAAAACGGGUUCGACGGCGAUCAAGAGACGCUCCGGAAAUCGGCGUUCCCGGACGAAGCUGAAACGGCGCUGUUCUAUCAACGGACACUUCUACAAUCGCGAAACGUCAUUUUUCACUCCGCCGCACGGGUCCCAGAUGAAUGUGUGGGUAACGUCGUUGGUCAAUACUCAGGAGGUGAUCAAUCUCUUGCUGGAAAAGUACAAGGUCGAAAGUCGGGCGGAAAACUUUGCCCUGUUUGUGAUCAAAGACAAUGGCGAACAGAAGAAGCUCAAGGAGGAUGAUUUUCCGCUGGUGACGCGGGUAAUUCUCGGACCGCACGAAGACAUUGCCAAAUUGUUUCUGAUGGAUGGACAGCAAACGCCGGAAAUUAGCAGUGAGGUGGCCCAGUUUCUCAAUCUUUCGAUCCCGGAGUGCCGAGCGAUUCUGGAGCGCUACCACGAGGAAGAACAGCGGGAACUGUUCCGGAUAAGAACGAAAUAUGCCGAAUUACGACGGAGAAUCGUACAACGGAUGGAAUCGUUGAAGGUGAGACUGUGAGUCUCGCUGAGGUUUUUUCUGUUUUAUCGUUCUUUUGCGCACAAUCAUCUCUCCACGCGCCAGACGAGCACGUGAGCCAUGCCGGACAAAGAGUACAGCCCGAAUCAAACCGGGCUAGCGACAGUCGUCGUCGUCGUCGUCGACACCCGUCGAAAUCUAAUCAAGUAAUUUCUUAAGAAAGUCGUUUUUAGUGCAUAGCGUUCAAGCGAAAAAGUAAUCAAUUAUUUAACCACAAUCAACUAUGAUACUAAUAUAUAGACCUUAUAUACAACACAUACGCAUGUAUUUACCAGUUAGUUUUGUGUUAGGCGAUCUACUCAGUAAACUGUUCUGUUCUGUGCUAUACCGAGAGUCAUUUUCUCUGCAGCAGCAUUUCUGUUCGUUUGUAGUUUAAAAGUUUUUUCUUUCAUUUUUCUCUGCCGGGAGAGGUUGCCUUACCGCGGUCAAAUUGAUAUCAAACGGUGUCUAAGUUUAAGUAAGUAGCUGUAUUAAAAAUAAAUCAUUUUGAGUCAUAUCAAUUUUCCAUUGGCAGCUUGUCUGUUGUUCGGCAGACUUGGUGAGCCGCAAGUCGAAGCUAAUCGCAGUGAAACCCUUUUUCGCGAGGUUGCUAAUCAAAACUCUCACGAAGAUGUUGAUGAAGAAACAGAGAUUAAAGGUUAAAGUGCUACCAACAAUGUUAAACACUCAACCCUGCCUGAAAACAGGUAUUAACUAAACUUAUCAAGCGCUAGUAAAAAUGAAAUCAUUCUCGAAUAACGGUUAAAAAGUUAAAAAAAAUAGUACACUCGAAAAUAGCAGAACAAUAAAACAAUGGUAAUCGAAAAAGCAGUCAGGAAAUCAAACUAACAAAAAAAUGUAAAUCAAGUAGGUUUUUUAUAAACACAAUUCACAGGAGUUAUGUUGUGACAAUUCGCGAAAAAUAAAUACCGAUAUAAAAAGCAUGCAGAAAUGCGGCAAUUUUGCU